CCGGGGAGCCCGUGGGGAGAACAAGCCACGGCAGCGUCUGGGCUUUGAGCGGAGCCUGACCCGUCAGGCAGGUUUGCCGGAGCUGGGACAGACCCAUUCGGAGCCGAGCAUGCCCCUCCGCCCGCUCGCAGCCUGACGGAGCCCCUCGGCUCCCACCUCGCCGCCGAAACCAUGCGAGCGGCCGGGUUGCUGCUGGCUUGGGCGCUACUGCGUCCCGCCAGCACUCACCAGUGUCACAUCGCCAGCCCCGGGGGUGUCCUCCGCUUCACCGACACGCACGCCGAGAUUCGAGUGCCGGCGCUGCACCGGGUGCCUAGCUCGCUCGAUCCCCUCUACGGCCUCGUCCGGAGCUGCCUGGACCUCAUCCAGCAAAACCCUCUGCCCACAGAGCUGCUCAGAGCAGCCCUGAACGAUCCCGGCUCCGUGCGGACAUCACAGGUGGUGCAGUAUGAGCUGGGUUACGUUGUCUGCGCCGCGGUGGCCCUGCUCUUCACCGUGGCCAUGCCGGUGGCCGGGAUGUGCUUCUGCUACUGCCGGAGCCGCCGGCGGUGCGGGGGCCGCCUCCGUGCCCACCGGCGCUCCCUGGGCUGCCGCCGCCACUGCCUGCUGGCCUGCCUGUCCCUCACCUCCCUCCUCAUCCUGAUCAGCGUCAUUUGUGCCUUAGUGACCAGCCAGAGGGUGCAGGCACAGAUGGAGCCAGGGCUGGGGGCCGUGCCGGCCACCCUGCGCACCCUGCGGCAGCACAUCGCCAACGUCCCUCAGGGCGUGCAGAUGGUGGUAGACCAGUUUGAAGUGCCUCGACAGCAGAUCAUCUCUGACCUGGGUGGGCUCAGCCGGAGCGUGGGGCUCUCCAUCCACACGCAGCUGAAGGCCAUGACCUACACGGCGUUGUUGGACCUGCAGGACAGGGCCGGAGACCUACAGACCUCGCUGCACCAUUUACAGAUUCUCGACAAGACGGCGCGGGCGCUGGCGUCGGCGCGGGCCGAGCUGGAGCCGGCGUUGCGGGAGCGGCGGCGCCGCGUGGUCGAGCUGCUGGACGACCCGCGCUGCACCUCCUGCGCCAGCGUCCUGGGCAGGGCACAGAGCCUGAAGCUGGGAGCUGACUACGGCAAGGUGCCGUCGGUGGAGAAGGUUUUGAAGGCGUUGGCCGGUCUGCCCCGCAGUGACUUUGCGGAGAUGAUUCGCCAGGGCAAUGGCACCUUCAACUCCAUCCCAGAGCUGGCUGUGGAGAGGAUGGCACAGGUCAUCCAAGAUCUUCGGGAGGAGAUGGCCCGUGUGACAGAGAAGGUGCAGUCCAUUGCUGAUGGCUUCCCCCUACCCGAGUACACCCAGCCGGUCAGCCAAGCCCUGCUACGGGCAGAGGACAGGAGUCAGCCCUACCUGCGGGCGGUGAAGCACUUCGAGCACUACAGGUGGAUCGCAGGCACCGUGCUGUGCUCCAUCAUCCUCCUCAUCCUCACCUGCAACGUGACAGGGAUGGCCCUGGGGGCUUACGGGCUCUCCAAGAGGGAGGACCCAAGUGACUACGAGUGCCGAGGAGAAGCUGGUGCAAAGUUACUCCUGGUUGGCGUGGGACUGGCUUUCCUGUUCUCCUGGCUCCUCACCCUCUUGGUUUUUGCCACCUUCCUGGUUGGGGGCAAUAUCCAGACGCUGGUUUGCAGGAAUUGGGUCAACCAGGAGAUUUAUAAGUUCAUUGACACCCCUGGGAACCUGCCUCCAUCCAUGAACCUCACCCACCAGCUCAACCUCAGGAGGGAUUCCAACCUCAGCACUGCAUACCGGGAGUGCAAGAGCGGCGCAGGGCUGUGGGAGGUGCUGCAGCUCGACAGGUCCUACGACCUGGAUGAACACCUGAAAAACCCCAAGUACACAGCGGGGUUCCAGAAGCGCCUGGGGGACUUCACGGCCGAGCUGGGUGAGGUGCGGCUCCUGCGCAGCGAGGGCAGACAGGACCUGGAGACCUUCGCCCGCAGUGGCCUGGAUGAGGUGGACUAUGGGAGCUUCCAGGAGGAGAUGAAAAACCCCAUAGUGCAAACCAGCCUCCCUGGCUUGGCAAGGAACCUUGAGGGACUGCAGAAAAUGCAGAGGAACAGCACAGUGGCAGGGCGCCUGGCCACUGAGGCCCAGGCCCUGUGGCAGAUGCAAAACUCCACAGUCCAAUCACAGGAGGCUUUGGUGGCAAAGCUGGGGGAAAGUGUCCAGUUCCUCUCCCGCUUGGCACCACAUCUCCAGGAGCGGGUGAAGACGACGCUGGCCACCACAGCCUCAGUGGAAGCCCGGCUGCCCUUGCAAGCCCAGCAGAUCCUCCGGCAGGAGAUCGGCUGCUUCACGAGGAAGGAGCUGCGCUACUUCACACAGUACCUCAACUGGGUCGGGCAGACGCUGAGGGAGGAUGUGGCCUCGUGCCAGCCGCUCGCCACAGCCCUGGACAACGGGCGGGUGAUCCUGUGUGACCGCAUCGCUGACCCCUGGAAUGCUUUCUGGUUCAGCCUGGGGUGCUGCACCUUCUUCCUUAUCCCCAACAUCAUCUUCGCCAUCAGGCUCACCGAACACUUCCGCCCCAUCCGCAACCGGCUCAUCUCUACAGGGUCAGAGGAGACCUGUCCCUUCCACAUCCCCCGUGUCACCGCGCUCAAGCUCUAGGACAGGGGUCUGUGGGGUGAAGCAGCAUGCCCUGUGCCCCAAGAGCUCCCAUUAAACUUGUGUCCACGUGCUUUAGGGCUCUGGGUCCCUCUGACAUCUCUUCCUCCAUGUCUGAGCAUCCUUCCCAGACAUGGGGCACACAUCUCCAUGCUCGGUGGGGCUCCAGGUCCUUCUGGCAUCACUUCCUCAGUGUCCUUCAGGGUCUGAGCAUCCUUCCCAGGCAUCCCCAUGCUCUGUGGGGCUCCAGUGUCCUCCAGUCCCUCCAAUGUCUCUUCUUCCACCACCUUUGGGGGCUGAGCACCCAUCAGGAAUGCUUCCAGAGCCUGGCUGAUCCAGGGCACAGGGAAAGAAAGGUUCCUCACAGCUCUUGCCAGCAUCCAGUGCUCCCCUCACAGACCCCACAGGGAAGGACACCCACCCGCUGCCCCACAGUGCCUCCCCGCAACCCAGGACCCCCGGCAGGAGCACAUUAAAGUCCUCUCCACCCAACCCCACCAGCACCUGUUUUAUUUCGCCGCUAUCCUUUUUCCUCAGGAAACCCGUUCAGGCCCGGCGGGAGCAGCACGAACCCGGCCCGCUAGCUCCAUGGCUUCGGAAGUGCCGGGUCCA